GCAUAUGCCUUCCGCCAGCUCAUCGAGCACCUGCAGUGGCGCAGCGACGUCCAGAAUAUCGACCUGAUGAACCUGGCCGGGUUCUGCAGAAACUGCCUCUCCAAAUGGUACCACGCCGGGUCCAAGGUGUACGGCAUUCCUAUGGAGCACGAGGAGGCUUGUGAAGUUGUCUAUGGCCAGCCAUAUGCAGACUGGAAGAAGACCCACCAGAAGAAAGCUUCUCAGGAGCAGCUUUUGAUCUUCGAGUCGUCGAAGGAGUUGCAUGCAAAGACAGAGCCAAAGAUUCUCCUCGCGGGCCAGACAACAGUGCCACCUGGCGGCGGACAUUCGAGCGUCUGUGGCCAAGGAUGCGACUCUACACCGCUGCCUGCACCAAUUCCUAGCGAAGGUGUCACCCCAGCGCGAAUCGCUGUGCUGACAGCUUCCGACCGAGCCACCAGUGGCGUUUACGAGGAUAGGUCAGGACCUGCCGUGGUAGAGGCAGUGAAGCUUUUUGCGGAGCGCAGCGGCGUGCUGCAGCUAAGCUUUGUCGAGCAGAAGAUUGUCCCAGAUGAUGAGGAGAUGAUAUAUCAGUCCUUGAGGUCCUGGAGCGAGGCAAAGGCCUGCGAUAUCAUUUUCACUACCGGCGGCACGGGCUUCGGACCUCGCGAUGUGACUCCAGAGGCCACCAGCCGGGCCAUCGCCCGGCGGGCUGAGGGCCUGGCACGGGCUAUGGCAUGGCAGACAUCGUUCCAGGAACCUCGCAGCAUACUCUCGCGUGGCAUUUGUGGCAUCACCAGCGAGAAGGUCUUGGUCGUUAACCUCCCCGGGCAUCCGAAUGCAGUUCGGCAGUGCCUUGCAGUUCUUCUUCCCGUGCUGCCACAUGCAGUGCGGAUGGUCGGGACAUGA